AUAGCUUUGUGUGUCAAUGCGAACUUAUAUGUAAAUUUUAUUGGAUCGACAAAACAAAACAAAAAAGUUAUCAAUGGAGGGCCCUUUGCUGACCGAGAGAGAGGACAUCAAAAUUGAUGGCGAUUCCUUAUCAAAUGAUGAGCACAACAUCCGCAUUACAGUCCAAGAGUCUUCAUCACCACCACAUGAGGCUAAGAAUGUUGAAUGGUGUAACCCAUGCACAGAAUCAAGUGUUUGGUUUAUCGAGCUUGUUAUGAACUUGGUCCAAGUUGUUGCAGCCAUUUUUGUCAUGAAUCACGCAAAAGAUGAACAUCCAGAAACAGCGUUUCUUGUAUGGAUCAUCGGUUACACUUGUGGCUGUGUUGUUAUUCUCCUUAUUGAACUUAUAGUCUAUGUUUUCUCAUGCGUCGACGAGGACACCACAGACUCUUUGAAGAAUAUUCUUAAAUAUUUCUUGGUGGUUUGGGUUGUGCUGCUCAUUUGGAUUUAUUCUAGCAGUUUAUCAUCUCUAUAUGAUAAUACUCAACAUUUCUGGUUAUGUAUGGGUUUUGUUGUCUUCACUUGCAUUCGGUAUGUGCCAGAUAAAGCAAUAUUUUCACUGAUCUGGUUAGGUUUCGUUGUGAUAAUAUGGAUUUUCGCAACUGUGCUAGGCACGACCCCUUUUAUGUGUAUUUACCAAAUAUUUCUUUUUCUUUUUAAAAUAGUUUACUAUAUACUUUUUGUUGUCUUGCUUUUAAUUCUUAUGGUCGCUAAGGAGCUUCUUGAGAAAUAUUUGUGAAUUCUAAUAAGAGUUGAAAACGCUUGUAGUCAUUUUUGCAAUGAAUAAAGAAGU